AUGGGCUUCCACAUACGUGACAGUUACCUUAAUGAACAAGAGACUUAUCAUGCUGCAUUACAACUUCUCUCUACAAAGAACAGAUUUAUUCCCAACUACAAGUGUGACCUCCAGAACAAUCUGAUAGCAGUUGUUGGAGGAGCUGAAGCGAAAACUUCUCUCUACAUAGCAAAUGUGUUAUCUAUCUACAACAUUCCACAGCCUCGUGCGCAGCGCGUCGGGCUGCUGAAGGACAGGGCCGGGACUCUUGAAGUGGAGCGGCAGUCCUUACCUUCCUUGUUCGGCGGAGCGAAGGCGGCCAGCGUGGUGAGCCAGCUGAACCGGAAGCGCCACUGGAACCAGACCAGGAGGAGGAUCCUGGGGAAGGCCCAUCGGGUACGGCACCGAGGGACGGCGCAUCUGGCAGCGGUGGGCCACAGACCCCUGGAGGUGCUGGUGUCUUUCCGGGCGAUGGUGCUCACCUACAGUUCUACGUCAUUAAUGAAUGAAACCUUGUCAGGACUUUCCACUUAUCGGAUGGUGCCAAAUGAAGCCCAGCAGUACAAGGGGAUCCUGCAGUUAAUUCUGCAUUUCAGGUGGACAUGGAUUGGGUUUAUUACUGUGGAUGAUGAACGUGGGGAAAGAUUUCAGCAUGCCAUGGUUCCUCUGUUUUAUCAGAAUGGCAUCUGCGUGGCCUUCGUAUCAGAACUCCGCCAGAACUUUAUGAUAAGUUCUUAUUUUGGCAUGAUGGAAUAUGCAUUGAAACAUUAUGACAUUGUAAUGGAGAGUAAGGCUGAUACGGUUGUUCUUUUUGGAGACACUGGUACUGUUUUAUUUAUUAGAUGGGUCAUAAGACUUUCAGAAGAAGGGUUCACAACAGCAAAGACUAAAGGUAAAGUUUACAUUACCGCUAUUCAGAUGGAUUUUACAUCUUAUUAUUAUCAAAGAGAUUGGGGCAACAUGAUCCUUCAUGGUGCAAUCUCCUUCACGGUUCACACAAAUGAACUUCCAGGAUUCCAUCAGUUUCUUCAGAGCAGAAAGCAUCUUAGGACCAAAGGAGAUGGCUUCAUCAGAGACUUCUGGGAACAGGCAUUCCUCUGUGAAUUCUCUGAGUCAAAGGUAAAGAAGGACUUUCAUAAAAAUUGCACUGGGGAGGAGAAACUGGAGAGCCUUUCAGCUGAUGUUUUUGAAAUGAGUAUGACCGGUACUAGCUACACUAUCUAUAAUGCUGUCUAUGCUGUAGCACAUGCUUUACAUGACCUGUAUUCAUCUCCUUAUGGACACAGAAGAAUGCUGAAGAGGAAGAAAUACAGCCUGUUCCAUCAACCGUUAUGGCAGACACAGCCCCUUUCUGUCUGCAGUGAAAGUUGCCAUCCUGGUUCGAUGAAGCAAAUGAAGAAGGGGGAGCCAUUUUGCUGCUAUGAUUGUAAACCAUGUCCAGAAGGGAAGAUUUCUAAUCAGAAGGACUUGGAUGACUGUACCCAAUGCAGACAAGAUCAUUAUCCAAAUGUCGGACAAAACCAAUGCAUUCCCAAAUACAUCACUUUUUUGUCUUAUGAAGAGUCACUAGGGAUCACUUUGGUGACUCUUGUCUUUUCCUUUUCUUUCAUAACUCUUUUCGUGCUAGGAAUCUUUAUCAAGCACCACAGCACCCCCAUUGUCAAAGCCAACAACAAGAACCUUACCUAUUCUCUCCUGAUCUGCCUCCUCCUUUGCUUCCUUUGUGCUCUGCUCUUUAUUGGUCAACCACAACUGGUGUCCUGUCUCCUCCAACAAGUCAUUUUUGGCAUGGUCUUCUCAGUUGCCAUUUCUUGCGUGCUGGCAAAAACUGCCAUGGUGGUUCUGGCUUUUCUAAGCACCCAACCAGGAAGCAGCCUGAGGAAGUGGGUGGGGAAAGGAGUGGGCAAUUCAAUUGUGAUUUCCUGUUCCUUUAUCCAAGCAGUCCUUUGUUUUGUGUGGCUGGCCACUUUUCCCCCAUUUCCAGAUGCUGACGUGCAGACAGAGACUGAAGCAGUUGUACUGGAAUGCAAUGUGGGGUCUGUUACCAUGUUUUACUGUGUUCUGGGCUACAUGGGCUUCCUGGCCAUUGUGAGCUUUAUGGUGGCUUUCUUGGCCAGGAAGCUACCUGACAGUUUUAACGAAGCCAAAUUCAUCACUUUCAGUCUAUUGGUCUUUUGCAGCGUUUGGAUCUCUUUUGUUCCCACCUACCUGAGCACCAAGGGAAAAUUUAUGGUGGCCGUGGAGAUCUUCUCCAUCUUAGCCUCCAGUGCUGCCCUUCUGGGUUGCAUCUUCGCCCCCAAAUGUUACAUUAUUUUGCUGCGGCCUGAGCUGAAUAACAGGGAUCAUUUAAAGUUCUCGUCUUCCACAGUGAAGACGGAGGCAAAAAAUUACGCACCUCUCAAGUCCAGUUUGGUAAAGAUUUUGCCCGCCGACACCGUGCUCAGCAAGUCCCGAAUGAGGGGGAUGGGCGUUGUGACUAAGAAUUACCAGCACAUCCUGGCCUUGGAGUUUGCUAUAAAAGAGAUCAAUGAAAAUCCCCAGAUUUUGCCCAACAUCACCCUAGGAUUCCAUAUCUAUGACAGUUAUCUGGACGCCACGUGGACCUAUCAUGCCACACUGCAGCUGAUUUCCAUGAGAAAUAGAUUUGUUCCCAACUACACUUGUGCUCUGCAAGACAGUUUAAUGGCAGUAAUUGGAGGACUUGCUUCUGAAACCUCUCAUCAGAUAGCAAAUAUUUUGGGCAUCUACAAGAUUCCACAGAUGGAUUUCCAGUCAAUUACCUUCUACCAAGAUUGGGACAUACAGAUUGUGCAUGGUGCAUUGUCCUUUGCAGUUCACUCCAGUGAACUAAAAGGAUUCAAACAGUUUCUUCACGGCAGAAACCCUUUCAAUACAAAAGAAGAUGGCUUCAUUUGGGAUUUCUGGCAGCAGGCAUUCUACUGUACGCUCCCUAACUCUGUUCUGGACAAGAAGGGAGAUACCUGCAAUGGAGAAGAAAGGCUGGAGAAGCUUCCAGGACCUUUGUUUGAAAUGAGCAUGACGGGCUACAGCUAUAGCAUCUACAAUGCUAUGUAUGCCGUGGCCCAUGCAGUACAAGUCAUGUAUUCAUCCAAAUGCCAUCAGGGAGUAAUGAUGGUGGGAGACAGAAGGAAGCAUUGCAAUCAGCAGACAUGGGAGGUAUUUGGGCUGAAAUCUGUCCUCUAG